AGAAAAAAUAGCUCUUAACCGGGAUUCCCGAAAUUCAAAAUAAGCGGAGUAUUGACCGGGCCCAACGACAUUGAAGCUGAAAGGAGAAGAAGAGACGAAUCAGAAGAAAUACUAGAUUACAAAUUGGAGCUUUGAGGCAAAGAUAAGGGAAAGGCUGAAAUUACAUUCUGUAUUGGAGAUUGAAGAUUGUGAUGCUUUUCUUGUGAAGUUCCAAUAAAGUUUCCAAGAUGAGGAGGCUCUUUUCUUUUAAAUCAUCCAGUGGAAACAAUAGCAAUGAUGGGAAGCUUUCAAAGCAAGAAAAGGCUCGGAGCAGCUCUGAAAGCACCCAAGAUGGUGUUCAUGAACAGGAACGACAUCACCAUGAAGUAGAAUACUCCUCUAACAUCCAACUUAGAAGGAGUUCUUCAUUUUCAUAUCCAAGCAUUUAUUGUCGUAAGGGAGAAGUGAAUUUGGAUUCUAUGGAUGAUUACCACAUACCUCCAACUAGCCUUGGGAAUUCGCCUCAUCAUAAAGCUGAAAGCUCCAUCAAAAUGAAAACAGGUGAAAGGGAUUCUGCACAAAAGCUGCAUAUGGUUGAAAAGAAUGAUUCUCCUGUUUCUUCCCAAGGCUUUCAAUGUUCAUCUGGAAAUUCACCAUACAGCUCCCCUGUUGCAUUAAGAUGCAGAGCUGCCCGUUUGACAGAGAUUCCAAGCAAAAGCAAAGUCCUUGACCUUUAUAUUGAUGGAGAGCAACAAGAAAUGAAAUCUAAGAAAGACCAUCUAAAGGACUAUUCUGAUACUGGAAGUGAUGGUUGUUUAGCAGAGAAUAGAUCUCUUCGUAAUUCAGGAAGGCCCCCGCGCUCUCAGUCUACAGCACCAUCAUCUCCAACCUACAAUAAAGAAAACCGUAAGAGUUACUCAUCUAGGGAGUUGAAAGAUGUUAGACACCAACUACCUGUGUGGAACUGGGCAAGGGAUGAGCAGAGACUGAAGUCCCCUAAGAAAUGCAAAAAUAUGAAUGUGGAUUUGUCAUCUCAUUCCAGAGUGCCUUUGAUGAAGCUACGAGAUUAUGAUUCAGAAACAACAACAACAAUUGAGGAUAUCUAUGAGGAUUCAUCAGAUCCACAACCCAGUUUGAACUCUGAUGGUGCAGCCCAGAAGUAUUCUUCUGAUCUCAGAGAACAUUAUGAGAAAAUGACUGGUUCUGUUGCUUGUGCUGAUGAGGUGUUGAGUUUCCAAAGGCAAAACUGCUUUCCUGGAAAAGUAUGGAUGGACAGUAGAAAUGCUGACCUGGUAAAUUCUGGACUACUUGAGCAGGAUACAGAAGAAGAGUUACUUAAAAAAGCUAAAGAGGCAGAGCAUAAGUGGAUGCUAAUAUCGAAAGAAGUUCACGAGCUGAAUGAACUCCAGAGAAGCAGUUUAAAUAUUUCUUCAUUACUUCAGACAAUAAAAGACAUUACAAAAGAUAGGAGAUGCUUGGCAUUUGAGCUCUCUUCACAAAUAAAAUGUCGACUUGCAGAAAAGGCUUCUACAAGGGAACAACUUAAACAGUCAAAGUUAGAUUUGGAUACCCGAACAAGGAGGCUUGAAAAGGAAAAAAAUGAACUGCAGUUGAGUUUGGAAAAAGAGUUGGAUAGAAGAUCCAGUGAGUGGUCCUCAAAGCUUGAAAAGUUUCAAUUUGAAGAACAAAGGCUAAAAGAACGGGUAAGGGAGUUGGCAGAACAAAAUGUGUCACUUCAAAGAGAAAUCUCUUCUCUUAAAGGUAGUGAAACUGACACCAAGAACAGAUAUAUAAAUUCACAAAUUCAAGUGAAUUCUCUGACAGCUAGUCUGGAAGAAGUGAGAGGUGAAAAUAAUAGGCUCCAUCAAACCCUAUCAGAGUUGCAGGAACGCUAUAAUGUGGCAGCAGAGGAUGUGGAGUGUGUCAAAAGAAACUUGAAGGAAACAGAGAAAGAGAACAUGGAUUUGAGGAAAUCAAUUGUCCGAUUGCAAAAACAAAGCACUGAACAGGAUAAGACAAUAAGUGGGUUGAGACAGAGAUAUAGCGAUGAAAUUGGAAAGCAAUCAUCAGAGAGAAAUGAAAGCUUUGGUUGGUUGCAAAUUGAACAUCUAAGACUGACAGGAGUGGAGCAGAGGCUGAGGAAGGAGGUUGAGUCUUGCAGGCAUGAAUUGGAAUUACUUAGACAUGAGAAUUCUUGUCUUUUGGAUCGCUUGCAGAGUACAGGAGGCAGUUGUCGAUUCUCCCUAGUCAAACUUGAUCAGGAGCUUCAUGCCCGAGUAGAAUGCCUUCAAACUCAGGGGUUGUCAUUACUUAAUGAUUACAAUCAUUUUUGUGAAGAGUUGCACAACUUACGAAAAUGCAAGAAUCGUGGAGAUAGCAAUGGAAAUCAUAGUGAGUUUUGUGGAUAUUCAUUUGCUGAGUAUAAUGGGAAACACCAUAGUCUAAGAAAAGGAACUGAAAAUUUUAAAAGGGCUCUGCAAACAAUAUCAGAAAUAUUAAAGGAGAAGUCCAAGCUACAUGCACCAGAAUCUGAGCUACAAAGUAAAGAAUGUGGUGCUUCGAGACAACUGAAUGUUCAGGACCAACUGGAGCUUGACUUCAAGGCUGAAACUACACUAAAUAGAUUGUUGCGAGAGAAGUUACUUUCUAAAGAACUUGAACUUGAACAACUAGAGGCGGGGUUUGCUUCUUCAGUGCGGAGUCAUGAUGUCCUGCAGACUGAGAUCCAAAGGCUGCAGGAUGAACUUUCAUGUCUUAACCAUAAGACAAAGGACAUGGAGAUUCAGAUGCUGAAGACAGAUGAGUCCAAUAAACAUCUUCAACAUGAUCUUCAAGAGUGCAUGAAAGAAUUAACCUCAACUAGAGGUGUACUUCUAAAGGUCUCUGAAGAGAGGGACCAUCUGUGGGAGGAGGUGAAGCAUUCUGGGGAAACAAUAAUUAACCUGAAACAUGAGGUUGAUUUGCUUAAGAAAAAGAUUGAAGCACUUGAUGAAGAUGUUCUUAUCAAGGAGGGACAGAUCACCAUUUUAAAGGACAGUUUAGGUGACAAGCCAUUUGGCAGCAUCUACAGCCCUGAAUCAGUUAAAGAAUUUGCCCUUGAAUGACCUGUUCAUACACUGAGCUUGCUUAUUCUUGUAUAAUCGGAUCGCAUGAUGUACAAAAUGCCUCUCAGCUUUCAGAAGAAUUUCUGAGUUUUAUUAAUCUGAGAUUGUUGAGUGCUUUGAUGUCUACUUGUAUUCUUAAUUCUCAUUUGUGUUUGUGUGAGUGUGUGUGUUUUCAAGUGUCUUGGAUUUCUGCAUUUUAUUUGUUGGGGUGCAAAAGUCAAUUGGUGGAUAGGUUUAUCAAAGAAGAGGAUGGUAAAGGUCAACGGUUUAUGUACAUAAAUAACUCAUGUUUUGUGGGCAAUUAAUAGAUUGAUUUUGA